UCAAGGUCGUGAAUACAUUGUACGUCAAAAUAUGAUUUCUUGUUCACAGCUAACAUUGCUUAACAGAUCCACUCUCGCUCUCGCUGCAUCUCAGAUCGUUUUGCCUCCACUACCACCUUCUAAUCCAUUGCUUGAGUCUCCACCCGAGUCAACCAUCAACGCAUCGCCGCUCGAUAAUAUCACGAAGAAAGGCAAGACUACUGGCACCAAGAGUGGUACCAAGAGCAAGAUGCGUCCUAGCGCGACCAAAAACGGACGGAACCUGUGCGCAUUACGUUGGCUGAAACAAACCAAGUCGAAUGGCACAACCGAGGAGUUCAACGCCUACUACAGCUCCCUCACGUCAACACAACGCACGGAAUACGACAAAGACGCAGCGAAUUUGGCAGCAACCGAUACAUGGAGCAAGACUGUGUGCGACGGCAAGAUACACUAGUCCUCUAGACGGGUGUUUCGACGUGUUUCUGUUUCAGCAUUUCAUCGAACCGCUUUUGCGCUGUUUUCUGGCUGUUUUCGAACCAUUCGUAUUGUUAUUAUUCCCGUAUUCACAUUCGCAUACCAGACUACCAGCAAUACCAAUAAUAUCAUAUUUGAGCAUAAUAUAGCAU